GAAGUGUCACUGUCUGUCCUGCGGGUUCAGAGAGGAGCUGAUGUUUGGAGAGGACACGCUGAUAAGAUCCACGCACGAUCCUCCACCGACACUUUAACUGAAUGGUGACCCAACAGAGAUGGCUGGUACAGGAAUGUGUUGUGCCAGCCUGGAGGAGCCUCAGCCCCUGAUGAAGAUGGGUCUGAGCAUGGUCCUCAUCGGUCACAUGAACUUCCUGUUGGGAGCGCUGGUGCACGGCGUGGUUCUCCGACACAUCAACUUCCACAAGCAGGCGCGCGCCAUGGAGUACGCCAUCUCCAACGUGGUGGCCCUCACCUCCGGACUCGUGGGAAUCGUCGUUGGCAUUCUGGCUAUUCUCCUGUCUAAAAACAAGAAGAGCAAAGGCCUGACGUGGUCACUUCUCACUGUCGGAGUAGUUGCUUCUCUAACGGCGGCGGCCUCGGCCAUUGGUCUGUUGGUCUCCAUGGUGAGGACCAUCCUUCACGAUGGGCGGAGCCUCCUGACUCACUGCCGCUUCCCCGACGCUAUUGGCUACUCCAGCAUCACCAACGAGUGUCCUUUUGACCCCACGCGUAUCUACAGCACCACUCUGAUCCUCUGGGUGCCUCUCAUCGUGACUUGUGUGAUCCAGAUGGUGUUUUCGGCCCGCUGCUCUGCUGUCUGCGUCUCAUUCCUGGGUUUACCUUGCUGCCCGAACAGGAAGAGGAAGAGGGACUUUGGCAGAUCGAUAAAUGUGGUGAGGCCAAUUGAGGAAGCUGCUCCCCUUCGGUACGCUGAAGCUCCAAGGAACUACGCUGAGUCUCCGAGAAGCUACACAGAAUCUACAAGAAGCUACGCUGAAGCUCCAAGGAACUACGCUGAGUCUCCGAGAAGUUACACAGAAUCUACAAGAAGCUACGCUGAAGCUCCAAGGAACUACGCUGAGUCUCCGAGAAGCUACACAGAAUCUACAAGAAGCUAUGCUGAAGCUCCAAGAAGCUACGCUGAAGUUCCAAGAAGCUACGCUGAAGCUCCAAGAAGCUACACAGAAUCUACAAGAAGCUACGCUGAAGCUCCAAGGAACUACGCUGAACCUCCAAGAAGCUACGCUGAACCUCCAAGGAACUACGCUGAACCUCCAAAAAGCUACGCUGAACCUCCAAGGAACUACGCUGAACCUCCAAGGAACUACGCUGAACCUCCAAGAAACCACGCUGAGUCCCCGAGAAGUUACGCUGAAUCCUCAAGGAGCUGCCCUGAACCUCAGAGACAGCAGCUCAGACCUCCUCCUCUUCCUCAUCAUCUUCCCAAACAUCAACAGAGUCUUCCUCCCUCAGAGAGACGUCCUCUUCGCUCGCAGCACAAGAAAAGGUCCGACAGAGAGAGGCAGGAAACCAGAGCUGGCAGCGAGCAAAAUCCACCGGAGCAGCACCAACUUCUGGAGAGAGGAACCAUGGAGAGGUCGAGCUUCUGGAUUUAGACGAUUUGAACAUACUUGCAGACCAAAUGCAUCAAACUCAGAACUUCAAAACUAUGAACUCAAAGCUGGAGAUGUUUUAUUUAGCAGUGUGGAUGCAUAUCUGAAGCUCAGGGUCCCGGUUUUGUAAAUAUAACUGUUCUUGUAUUUCAUGAGUGUCAAUCUAUUCAUAUCGGGACAGACAGAGGAGGAAAAUCCUUCAAAGUGAGGACACGGUGCCUGUAGAAGGAUUCACUCGGAGUUUGACAUUUUGGAGAAUCUAUUUUCUUGCCGAGAGGUAAACGAGAGGAUUGAUAGUCCUCUCGUUUCGAUAGGACAGCUUCACACACCCCUACAGCUCAGAAAUCACCAACACGUUUUCCAUUUGAUUCAUUUGUUUUUGCACAGACGAUUGGUAUCGAUCUUCUUGUCUAACCCUCUGGAAGUAAUCGUUAAAGUAAAUGUGCACAUAUAAUGGAGGCAGGUACAGCACAAUAGGAAACUGAAGUGUACAAAGUGCCUUCAUUAUUUUAUCUGAUUUAAUUACGGAUGGAAAUGCCUGUUUGAGUAAAUGAGAAUGUAAGUGUGUUUGCAUUUGUAUUUUUCUGAUGUCAAGAGAUACCACUAAUGCACGUUUUUAUAUUUAUUCUAGUCGACAAGUAAAUAACGUUUCUAUUCAUAA